AUGCCCUGCCACAUUGACCAUCCCGCGCCCAAAAUCGAUGAUGUCGUCCAAGGCUCCAAGCCAGACAAGAAAGACCCUGGUUUCCUCUUAGCUUUCCAACGUGCAGUGCCAUCCUCUGAUCGUCCAUCUUCAGCAUCGAUUAUCCUGGCACUGCGACUGCUGACUCGUCUUGUACCUGUGGCGGGUGGUACGUACCACUGGUUCGCCGAGGAUGAGGGUCGCCAACGACAGAAGGCUAUCGUGGCCAUCCAGGAUUCCAGGGUUUUCUUGAUAUAA